CUCUGAUGAGCUUCAUGUGAACUUUCUUGCCUUCUCGUCACUGUGAACCUGCUGCAGCUCCUCUCCAGGCGACCAUGGACGAGGAGGGGGACACCCACCCGGAGAUGAGGCCUUUCCCUCAGCUGUGGGCUCUCCCCAGGCUCCGCUCUCACAGCGACACCUCAGGAUUUCGCUCCAGAGUGUUGUUCAGGCUCCGGGGAGCUCGCUCAGUUGAUGGGCUGGAGAAAUCAUCGUCUCUGGCCAGCUGUGACGUGGUGGUGGACAGCGCCGCCAACACCCAGAAUGCCCCUGGAUCGCGGCAGCAGCGAGGCAAGCUGUCAUCGCUGGGAAAACUGUUCAAACCCUGGAAGUGGAGGAAGAAGAAGACCAGCGACAAGUUCCAGGAUCUUUCCAAAGUUCUAGAGAGAAAAAUCUCGACCAGACAAACAAGGGAGGAGCUCAUCAGGAAAGGAGUUCUCAUCCCUGAGCAAGACGAACCGAUCAGCAGUGAAAAUUUGAACGGACAUGCUACAUCUACGUCAGAGGAGGUGAAAGUCGACAUCGAGUCUUCAGAAACACCACCGGAGGAACCGGGGCCGGUCAGCCCAGAGGGCAAGACAGCCAAAUCCUCAAAGAAGACGGGAAACACAACAAAAGCCACCCCAACCUCCACCUCCACGGCCCGUUCUCGUGCAUCUAAGGACGCCGGCGCUGCAGCACAGAAUAAUGGGACAGACGCAAAGACCAACCGGAAAUCAAAUACUCCCACCUCUUCCUCUGUACCUCAAAAAGCCUCCGCAGAGACUCCUAGCCAGCCUGGGGAGGUCAAAUCCUCUCCUCUUUCCUCAGACACCAAGCCUCUCUCAUCCAAAGCCUCAGGCAGUGAGACGGAGGGAGCUCAGGCUGCUUCUCAACCUGGUCUAGAGCCUAAAUCUGCUCCCAAUGCUUCUGCUGCGAGUGAGGACACCCUCAAAGGUGUGUCUCCUGAAACCACAGCGGCGUCCUCUCACAUCAACAGCGCUACCGAGGACACAUCCUUCACAGAGCGGCAGACGGACAGCAGCUCACAGGGGGAGAAACAGGAGAGGACGGAAGGGGAGGGAGGAGAAGAUGGAAAGAAGAGGGGAGAGAUGGAGAGCGGCGUGGAGAACAGCCCGAGGUCAGCAGAAGGCCAGACAGAAAAGCCGCAGGGCCUCAGUGUGAAUACAGAGCAGGCCGAGGUGACGGUGAUCCCCGAUAGGCCGAGAGACAGCCAAACUAGUGACUCGGACUCUGACGGACCAAUCCUGUACCGGGAUGAGGACGAAGAAGAGGAGGAAGACGAGUACACAAACAGCUCUCUGGCUAUGAAGAUCCGCCGACGAGACACCCUGAACAUCAAGCUGGGGAACCGACCCAGCAAGAGAGAGCUGGAGGAGAAAAACAUUCUGCCACGAAGCUCCGAGACAGAGAGACACGAGCUACGCCACCAGAUAGGCUGCAAACUAGUCAGGCGCCUGAGCCAAAGACCCACCACAGAGGAGCUGGAGCAGAGAAACAUCCUCAAGCAAAAGAAUGAAGCUGAGGAGCAAGAAGCCAAGCAAGAGAUUAAAAGGAGGCUCUCCAGAAAGCUGAGCGUGAGGCCUACGGUGGCAGAGCUCGUCGCUCGGAGGAUCCUGCGUUUUAAUGAGUACGUGGAGGUAACGGACGCCAAGGAUUAUGAUCGGCGGGCGGACAAACCCUGGACACGGCUAACUCCAGCUGAUAAGGCUGCUAUCCGUAAGGAGCUGAACGAGUUCAAGAGCCGAGAGAUGGAGGUUCAUGAAGACAGCAAACAGUUCACCAGAUUCCAUCGGCCCUAAACUGCUCUCACUGCCACCUGGUCGUCAGCACCACGAGCUCUCCGGUCCACAGCUCCCAGCAGCGUCCUGGCACUGCAGAACCCCGGUCCACAGCUCAGUCCACUUUGCUUUGGAAUCAGCCUUUUUCACAGCAGACAGUUUGGCUCGUGGUGGCAGAAACGACACGGGUGUGACUGAUAACGUCAAACAUGGCCAGUGUCAGAGGCUCGCUGUCGUAGUUAGGUGGCAUGUUUCAAAAUGUCUCCUGUGAAAAAGGUCUGUCGCCCCCGAUGAUAUGUAUUUACGUCUAUAAUGACAGCUACAGGUGUGUCUUAAGGCCUCGGCCAGCCGGAGGCACCAGUGAAACAUUUGCACAUAUCUAUAGUCAGAACAGUGGUGUGUAUAGUGCUCUGAUCAGAAACAUUUAUUUAUUGUAGAGUAUCAGAACCAGCUGGUUUACGGUGGGUUGUUUUUUUUUUUUAGUUUGUUUCUUUGUUUUUCGGUUCACUUCAGGCCUAAUGAGAGGUCGCAGGGAGGCAAAAAAUUACCCCUGUCAUAGUGAAUGUGGCUCAAGUGUACUUCAGAGUUUGUGUACUUGCCAAGAUAUGCCUUGUCGGAAACUGACAAAUGGCCAUACAUGGGCAUCCUCCCAGAACAGGAAGUGGGGUUGAUUGGACGCUCUCAUGCCGAUGUCAGCGCCUAUGUCAUCGCUCAGAGGGGAGGAGAGGCGGUUUGUUCUGCUCCGAUGUGCCUCUCGGAGUCGAAUCGGAAAUACUGCAGUUCAUUUUUUAGACAUGCUUAACGUAUAUUGCCACUAGAGGGCAUUAUAUCACAAGAGUUUAUGGAAGGGGACAUGAUGUGUAUGGAGAUUACCUUCAAGUGUUAUAUUUAUAACUGCUGAGGGAGCGACGGGCACCUGAGGCUUUAGUCGUCAAGUGCAAUGGAAAUCAGCCCUAUUCUGGCCAAUCCUAUCCCCUCAGCACACUUCCUGAUGAUACAUGGCGAUGGCGCGCCGUCGUAUAUCCUGUGUUGAGUUCACAAAGUGCUUGACUUGCUCUUUAGAGGAUCUACGUUUAUGUUUUUUAAACUACAGUUUUUCAUUUCAGGCUUUUGGCUGGGGCUCUUCACACAGAGUGACUUGGUGCCAAAGACAGAGCAGGAAUUUGAUUGUACAUUCUUAACUGAAAGCUUACAGUUUGAUUUUUUUAGAUUUUUUUUAUAAAGGUUUUAUGGAGAGAGAACGGGCGGGGAAAGUUUAACCACCGAAGCAAUCGACUCUCGAAGAAGUGGAGAAAGUGCUUUAUUUUCCGUUUCCUUGAACAUGCUUUUGCAAUUUAGUGAAGGCAGUGCAUUUAUAGAGCACAUUUAAAAACAACAAAUGUUGACCGGAGUGCUUGAAUCUUUUAGUCUGUGACGGUUACGUAAGAAGAGGCUUCCUGAGAGGACCCACUUUUACACCUUGCCCUAACAUGCACCUUGAAUCAGGCAGCAUCGCUCUGUUUUUAACAACCAGGUCCAGAAACAUUUUACCAUGAACGUGAGAAUCUAAAGCAGUUCUUUAACUUUUUGAGUUACAGACGGACAGAAAAUUUAUCUGCAACUGUUUUGAAUCAACAGAUUAAAUAUGUAUUUUGUUAAAUCUUAGAAAGAUGUUCAGACUUUCAGAAGCCUGAACUGAAGAUUUCCUUUUAACCUUCUGAAGCCCAAAGCAGUUUCUGGGCGUUUUUUUUGCUCAUGUCACGCUUUUCGUUACUCACUGUGGGCUCAUUUUUCACUGCAAUGUAAAGACCUGUACCUCUAUGGAAACAACUCAACCAUGUCUAAGAGUAGAAAGAAUUAAAAAAGUCUUUAGUGCAGUAUGACAGUUAUGUCGCCACAAAUCAUAAGAAAAACAAUGAUAGAAAAAUCUGGAUGGAAUUUUUCCAAACGCCCACAGGGGUUACCAACACCUGUGACUCUACAUAUUCUAGAUAUUUUAAUACUUAUAUUUUUAUUUAUUUUCCAUCCUUCCUCCUGUCUAAGCACAGCCCGCCUUUCAGCCCAGUUUAGAUGAAAAUUCUUGGUCUCAGUGAGCUGCUAACGGCUUCUCGAUUGUGCAGAAUUCUGUGUUUUUGACAGAAUCUAGUAGAGAUUUUUAUUUUUUUUAAAAAUUAAAUUCUUGUGUAGAUUAAAGUCAUUUAAUGAAACAUCACAGUUAAAAGCUUAGAUUUGGUUAUUUUUUCCGACAGAACAGCAACAUCACAAAUCAUCAGUUCAAAAUUUAACUUAUUUUCUUCACGCUUGUUUUUACUGUUUAAUGCUGCGAUAAAUGCUGUAAUUUUUUAAAAAACAGCAAUAUUUCUUUCAAACCUGCCGGCGGGUUUGGGCUUUCAGAGGGUUAAACGUGCAGAUGAGAUUUAUUUUAUUUGUGUUUAUACAUUUCUAAUUAGUUUGGGGUGGUUUGGGUUACGCUUCGUUUUCGGCGGAUUCAUAUAUUUUGUGCCUCUAAGUGCUUGUCAAGGUAAAAUCCUAACAGACGAGAUGCAUGUUAAUGCAAAGUGUAAAAAGGAUCAGUUAGAAACGCUUUGCGUCUGCGUGAAAGACAGAUUGUUUGGCUGAACUUUAGUAAUCUUUAGUCCCCGGCCCACUUCGCCUGGAGAGGAGACGUCGGUUGAUGAGUGAUUGACAGAUCGAGCUCGCUGACCUCCAGAAGCCUGUGUUCUCAUAAUUGAGCCCCAAACCUCCACAACACUCGUCAUUCUUACAAAUAGUAACUGAAAAGGGCAGAUUUAGCGUUUCUGCUGCUGAAUGUGAGGGGGCUGUGAAACAAAGUGAUGUACAGCGACGGAAAAGAACCAACAGUAUUCAUUCAUGUCGAUGUUGUUAUAUAUUGAUUAUUUUGUACAGAAUGUAUAUCAAGCAUGUGCAUACAUUGAAAUCAGUUUUACUACCAAUAUGAUACAAUACAACUUUGAUGUGAAUGUUUUAAGCUCUAACUGUAAUUGUCUUUUAUUUUGUACUUUAGUUUCGUUCAUCAUCCCCAGAUAAAGAAAUAAGCAGCGCAGCUCACGUCUCGCUGUUGUUUCUGGGCAGCGUGUGAAGCACAGUCUCCACUAAACCUCCCUGUUUCCUCAGCAGACCACAGACAAGACAUCAUAUAGGUAGCGGUAACUCUGUAUUCUGGUAAAAAGCUAUUUAUAAUCCUAUCUGGACCUCACGGUUAGAAUUAUGUCUUCAGGUGUCCAUAGUUAAACCGACACAAACUAGAAAUAACAACUUCAAACCCUGACUUAAUUGCGUUCUAUUUAAAUAUGCCCACUUUCGAGCAGUUAUUUGGAUAUAAAAUCCAGCUGCAUCAGCAAAAAGCUUGUUUUUAAUUAAUGUACACAAAUUAAAAGCCUUAGCUGUCGGUACAGCUUUGGUUGUGUAACGGGUGAUUAAAGUGCGAGCAUCAUUUUCUAAGCGGGCAAAAGCCUAAAUGGUAAAACACCAAAUACACCGUUUAGUAUUUCAAAGCAGUUUAUAGUCAGUUGAUAAAUGGUUAUGUAGUUAGCAAAGCACACAAGCAGAUAUAAAGAGAUUUGAAGUGUUCUAAAUGUAUUCAACAGCUUUAACUCCUAAAUGAAGCAUCAACAACGGUAGAAUAAUUUUCUUUUUUUGUUUUGUUGAUUUAACUCCUAGAAGGUCACGUCCAUCUAUCAAAAUGGUUUAUUUUGUGUUUUUACCAUGAUGAUAUUCCUUUCCUGCCUUCAAAUGACUUAGAAAUAUCUUUAAGCUUUUCUCAGAAAGCGUGAAUCUGUUAAGUCCAUUUUUCUUGCAGCUUGAGCACACCAGCUCCACCAAGACUCUGCUCAAACACCUCUAGAUGACACAAUAGGAAGUUAGAAUACUUGAAUACUUGAAUCUACCAAUCCUGAAUAAAACACAAUGAUAUAGAAAACCCCAACCUGCUAGUUGAUGGGAUGUUUUCCUUCCAACAUAAAUAAAUAAAUAAAUGCCAUAAGGACAUAUUAACAUGGUAAAAAGCUUAAGUAUCACCAGAGGAAAUCUGAAAACCUGCUUGUGAAUAAAACCUUUAAUAUGGAUGCUUCGAAGGAGGAGUUCUAUUUGGUGACAAAGUAGAUUAAGGAACACUUAAAAUGUCUUUACAUUUGCUUCUAACUACAUUAUAUUGUUAUCCACCAUUUAUAAAGUGUUUAUAUUCUGCCUGUCAGUGCUAAAUAGAGAGGCUGAAAUACAGUUUUACCUAAUGAGAAGCUAUAAACAUGGGCGACUUUCUGCAGCUACAGUCCUGCUCUGGUUUAUGACAACACUUAUUUUGAAGGCACUGACGCAUAACUCAGCGCUGUCGUCAAACCAGGUAUGUCGGUGUUUAGUCUUAACCAGUCAGUACUAAUCACGUAGAGCAAGUCCUGUAAAACAAAUGGCUGCAGUCUGGUUCAUCUCAUCUGUGUGGGAAACCAAACACUUAAUCUGUAGACAGGAAGACCCAAAGAAGCUUUAAACCUGCCCCGCAUCUCUCAGCAUCAUUGUUCAUAUGGAGAGUAUCGAGUAUGUAGACUGAAUUUCAAAAAGUAUUUCUCUUAAGAUUCCAGUUUAAAACAUGCCCCGUUAGGAAGAAUUCACAAACCAGGUAAUAAAACUGUUUACAUUGGAGAAGGUCUGCUGUUGUAAUGGUGCUCGAGGCUUCCUUAAUCACUCCACAGAGUAAAAACAGCCCCUACCGUCAGACUGAUGCUGCUGCUGCCUUCGUCUUGAAUCUUUCCCUCGAUGGUGUAAAAUUUUGCCGUAAUUUGCUGCAGAUUGUGUCGCGCUAUAAAUCCUUUAAGUGUAGUAGCGGUCAGAGAAACGGAUUCAUUUAGUGCUCGAAGCAGCAAAGACCCAGAACUGGAUUCUUUUUUUUCUUUUUUUCCUCCACAUGAGCUCCAAACAUGUUUUACUGUAUGUUUGACAUAAACAAUUCAUCAAGUUAUACGACGAUGUUACACAUUAUAUCUCCAGAACAGCUACUGUUACGUACAAACUGUGUAUAGUGUUUUUGUAUAUAAAGAGUCACGAAAAAUCA